AUGAGUUCAGCACCCGAAAUACUCAGCCCUCAGGUGGAAUUGCUGCAGAUUUGCAAUCGUGUUGUGGACGGAGACCUCUCACCGGAUGCCGGCUACAACCUCGUCCGGACGCUUACGAUUGUGGCGAGCGAUAUUCUGAAAUGUGAGUUGGAUGUUCUUGGUGCCAGCGAGCAGGCAACACGUUCGAGAAUUGUCAAGACAAAAACGAGACUAUUCUUUAAACAAGUGAAAUUCAAUUUGCUGCGUGAAGAGAGUGAAGGCUAUGCGAAACUUAUCACCGAACUCCUGGAUAAUCCUUCGCUGUCCGUGUCAAGCGCUUUAACACGACUCUAUCGACUUAUUGGACAGUUUAAUUUGGAUCCGAAUCGAGUGAUUGAUAUCAUCCUGGAGUGCUUCGAAGCAUCGCUAAGUCGGCGCAAGUUUUUCAUUGAACUGCUGACAAAAUUCAAAGCAGACAGCGAUGAUAUCUGCAGCAUCUUGGGAUUCAAAUUCACUUUUUAUCAGCGUUCCGGUGAAACUCCAUUAUCUCUUUACAAAGUAGCUGCGGUGCUUUGCGAUGAGCGAAUUGUCGAUCUGCUCUCACUUUCCUGCUUUUUGACUCCGAAACUGGAGGAACUGAUGAAUGAUCAGAAAAGUCGCCUGGAGAGAGAUACAAAGCGAGCUAAAAAGGCGGAAGUUGUUUCUACCGGGGCAGUAUCCGCUUCAUCGUCAGCAACUGGUGCAUAUUUGGAUGAUGGUGCGACCGUUGCUGGAGUAUCGUUUUCCGCUGUAGCUGCUCUGCAAAAUGCUGAAGACUCAAAGUUGGCCGACGAGAAGGACAACGAUGUUCGUACACUUCCUUCUUCUUUUGUUACUUUCUACACCGCCUUCGUUUUAUCAUUGCGCCACGUCAUGGCAGUAAUGCUGUUAACAGUAUUUCCUAUACUGCUGUAA